AUGUUGCUUGACCUCCCAGAAGAGACUCUUCGCCUUAUUGCGGAACAGCUGGGUCCCCAAGAAGAUCGUUGUUCCCUAGUUCGAUCAUGUCGUCGGCUGUACACAGUUCUGCUACCAACUCUCUACUCCCGGGUUGUUCUUUGUGAUGUUAGCACUCAUACAGUCGGUCAAGUCAGCCGAUUCUUCACUUCAAUCGCGCGAAAGCCAGAAUUAGCGAGAGCUGUGCGAGCUUUACGCUUGGAGGCUUGGGACACCGAGGCCGACACCGAGCACAUCGACUGCCAAUUUGAAUAUGAUCCGCAACUGAUCCGCAAAGUCGUCACUGGUACAUGUUGGUCUAGCCAACCUUAUACUCAGCUGCGACGUGGAAACACCGACGCUUGGUUAGCCUUGAUCAUCCCCCAGUUGAAAGGCCUCAGACAAAUCAGCAUAUGCUACCCGUAUGGGUCACAAUAUGUUGAGAAGAUGUUUGUGAAGGCCGCCAGAGAGGAUACCAAAUCGUUUCGUCGUCUCAAGGACGCUUUCGCGGAAUGGUCCGACUCGGAAAAUUCCAUCCGUGCAAGCUGUAUGGAACCCUUCUUCAGAUUCCCAUCCAUGCGCAGGAUCGGAGGAUCGUCCAUGCUCGACUCCGGUCGUAAAGCGGGAGCACCCCGCAUUAAACCUUACUCCGGAGUUACAGAUAUUGAUCUCGACAUGACCAACACUGAGUGUGGGUUCGGUGUCUGGCUUGAAUCUUGCAAGGCUCUCAAGACAUUCCGCCUGAAUAUUGGCGGUUUAAUGAUCUCAGAUGGACCCGAUAUUGUAUCGGCUCCUCUUCGAGAAUCUAUAGCCCUUCACAAAUCAACACUAGAAGGGUUUUGGAUCUGUGGCGAAUCAUAUCAGGAUCCCGAUGAAGACGAUGGAUGGAUGGGAUCGUUUGCCGAUUUCAAUACGUUGAAAUAUCUACAUAUUUCUGUAGCAAUGCUUGCUAAGCUUAACGAAAACUUUGAGCCCACGCAGGAAUUCACAACGCUUUUGCCGCCGUCCCUUGAGACUUUGUUCCUGUGUCACUGCCACAAUGAGCUGCUCGAUUGGACCGUUGAUCAACUCGAACGCUUGGUGACUUCCAAUUGUCUUCCACGCCUUACUUCCUUGGGGCUUGAAGGUUGGGGACCUUCAGAGGUCGAGAAGAGUUCCUUGGAGACUAUGCGCAAGCUGGGGGAGUUGGAAAAACGUUGUGCAGAUAUUGGUCUAUACUUUGCUACUUCUAUCGGCAGUCACAGAGCUGUUCCGAGCCAUUUUGUUUCUCUUUGGCCUUGUGAUGAUUCUUGA